UCACAGACGUGAUUAGUUUGGAUUUCAGAACACAUUGCAACACUUCCGUUUUGAACACAGCUCACCUUAUUAAUGCAGCAUUACGUCAUUUCCAUGCGCCUCUAACUGCAGACACAGUAUGGGAAACCUUCGUAGAAUACUUCUUACUCAGUUACUAACCUUCCAUUAUAUUUGGGGGGAGUGGACCUGCCCAGGGUUUCUGUGUACAGAUGGAGGUUGCAUUUCCCAGAGUGCUCUUUGUGACGGCACCGCGGACUGUCAUGAUGGCUCUGACGAGUUCGAGGACACCUGUGGUUUGCUCCAAUGUAAGAAGGAUGAGUUUGCCUGUGGCAGUAGGCGAUGUGUAUCUCUCCUCUUCCGCUGUGAUGGCACUGACGACUGUGGCGAUGGCAGUGACGAGGCCUCCUGUCAUAAGAACUGUACAGCCGAGUCCUUCCUCUGUGAGCGGACAGGGAGCUGCGUUGCCAGGGCCAAGCUGUGUGACGGCUGGCCCGACUGCCCCGUUGGGCAGGACGUGGGUGCCGACGCAUGUCCCUCUGGCCAGACCCGGGCCCCUCACACUUGCUUCAGCUCUGAGUUCAGUUGUGGGGACGGCCAGUGUAUGCCUCACUCCUGGAGGUGUGACCACUCGCCAGACUGUGCUGACGCGAGCGACGAGGACGACUGUGAUCAGAAUGAGUGUCUGGUGAGCAAUGGCGGCUGUUCUCACCUGUGUGUAGACCUGCCCAUGGGCUUCCUCUGUGACUGUCCCGCUGGCAUGAGGUUGGUGCACGACACCCAAUGUGAGGAAAUUGACACAUGCCUCGACACUGACGUCUGCAAUCAACUAUGUGUACAUGUCAACGGAACUUUCUCCUGCGACUGCCACGAGGGCUACCUGAUGAGCCCAAAGACAGGGGAGUGCAAGGCUAAAGGAGAUGUGGCUCAGCUGGUGUUGAGCAGUUCUGAGGGGGUACGCUGGGUCAACACUGCAGGUAUGGAGUACAGGGAGAUGGCUGCUCACUUACUGGGACCAGGGCCUAUGGCUGCCCUCACUGCAAACCGCACUCUCUACUGGGCAAGGCCUGGACAAGGAUCUAUCUACAGGAUCUCCAUGGAUGGGAAGCCCCUGGAUCCUGUUCUGCUGUUGAAAAGCCAUGGUGCUGUCCUAGGUCUGGCUGUGGACUGGAUCCAUGAGCAUCUCUACUGGACUAACGCUGGCACUCACUCCAUCGACGUGGCCCGCCUGGACGGCUCUGUACAACGCCUCCUGAUAGGAGGGCUGGCCAUGCCCACUGGAGUGGCUGUGGAGCCCUUGUUGGGGCUCCUGUUCUGGGCAGAAGGUGGCAGCUCCCCCAGGAUCGAGUGUGCUCUCCUGGAUGGACAAGGCAGGCUGCCACUAAUCACCUCAGCCAUACGGAACCCAGUUGCCAUCUCUCUGGACAUGCCUCGACGACUCCUGUACUGGGUUGACUCAGGGAUGCGCACCAUCUCGAGGGUAGGGUUCGACGGGCAGCAUCGCAAAACUGUGGUGGAGUCCAAUGGAUACCUGGACAGGCCCUUUGGAUUGGCCGUCUUUGAGGCUCUGCUGUAUGUGGAAAUACCAGUAGAGUUUGUCCAUAUGAGUGUGUGCCAGACCUUUUCUCUGGAACAGGCUCUCCCAGCUUCACCUGCGUUUCUCCAACAGGUGGUGGCGCAGCGGUGUCUGAUACCACCUACGCUGGAAUCCUUUCACUUAUAGUGGUCCUGAGUGUGCUGUUGGUGGGGGGGGCGUUGUGGUGGUGGAAGGAUGUUUUCAAGCCCUCCAGGACACUCACCUUCCAAGAUUUCUCCCUGAAAGAGUCCCAGGAUCCACUCAUACAUGGCCCCUGAGACUUGUCCUGUCAAGGUAAGCCCUGCCAAUGAACAGGAUGAGUCAGUGGGCUUUUUCACGACAGUAUGACGGGGGGACAAUUUCCUCAGUGAAGCGUCUAUGGGUAAUUUUUACUUUUAAUCGAUGUAGCAAUUGAAGGCAUUUUAAUACAAUUUAUUACUUGACAUUAUGAGCAAUGUCUGUUUUUAAUGAAAUUCAAUCAAGUUCAGUUUUAACUUCUAUUUAAGGGAUUCCUGUUAAAACCGAUAUAGAUCUCAAUGGGAAUGAAGAAUAAAUGAAAUAAUUUGAUAAAAUUGGGUUACCUUAAAUUAAUAAAGGAUGAAUUAAAUGAAUGUAAUCUAAUUGACUCCAAGGACCCUGGUGUCUCGAAACCGUGCCUCACCUGACAGACUGCCCUCUGUUAAAGGGCUUAAGUGAAGAAUGUGAUCUAUAUGCUUAGUAUACAGCCAUCUCCUCCAUCAGGACACCCUGCUAAAGCUGGACUUGGACUGCAACUGAGUGUCCCAAGUCACUUGCGUAAGAGACCGGUGUCCAGCAGUGCUCCCGCUUGACUGUGGCUCUCCACUUCAGUUUCAAUGAAGGCUAGAAAAUGACUUGUACUAUUGACUUUUUUUCCAGUCAUUGAUUUUCCUGACUUGACUGUAAUUGAAUUAGAAUUGACCCUAGCCUUGGUGGUCCUCAUGCAUAUCAGUUAUUUAGCUACAGAUGGACACCUCUGCCUAUGUGGGGUACUGUAUCCCUCAUGCAUACACUUUCAUUGUGACAUCUGUGUCCUUUUGCACUCAGUUGACUAUGUCCAAAGUUUCGUAAUUCAUAUUUGGACUAAUAUGUAGAUACAUUGUAUGUAUAUAUAAAUCACUCCACAUUUGAUACAGUGUAUGCAAAACAAUGUACCAGCCUUACAACUGAACCAGCCAUACACAGAGACAUGGGUUGUACAUUCUGCUCCUAGUUACAUGCAUCUCUGCUCUUAUCUGGUGUUUGGGGAUCAACUGAAGUUGAGGUGUGUUUUAAUAUAAAAUGGCAACAAGGGAGUAGAAUGUGGCUCUGAUGUUGAAGUAGAGAAUUCACUUAACACUGUAAUUUAGUCUUUUUUUUUUUACUGGUCUGUAUUGUUUAGAUCAGUUGCUAUGCCUUCAUUGAAAAACAAUUGUUUGCCUUUGUUUGAUUAUUGUAAAUUAUUUGUUGUCCUGUGUUUAAUCUUAGAAAAAGAAUGCCUUUCUUUGGAUUCUUAACUACAGAGUGAGCUGUAUUUAUGUUUUGAAGUGAGGUUCUAUUUAUUUUUGGAAGGACUGCUGUUAUUGAAGCAUGACAAUUUUUGUGGUUACUUUUGAAUAGUCUUUCAGUUCAUCUUUACUUGUUGAGUUUAUUUAAUUGAAAUGGAAUGAAAAAUAGUUUUCUCCAUAUUCAUGAGGUGAUUUCAUUAACUAAUAUGCUAUCUUUCAUGGUUGGCUAUUAAUAUCAUAUCCUAUCACCUUAAUUGAUAAAAGGCUUGAUCCUGCUUUUGCAAUAAUGGCAAUACAUUUUGAAUGUACAAUUGCUUUGUAAUGUGGUUGCCUUUAAACCAGGCAUGACAAGAAUUAAUUCCCUUACUUCCUUUUUUAGUUCAGAUCAAGGAAAAUGAACAAGGUAAUAAAGCAUUGUAAAGCGAUCACCUAGAGUAGUACUUUUAUUAUCACAGGGCAGUUAAACGUCAAACAUUACCAUAGUUUAGCCCACUCAUGCAUGGCUGUCUUUUAAAUGUAUAGCCUUAGGUGACUGUUGGACUUUUGACCUCAAUUCUUCUGAGGCGAUAGGGCAUCCAGGUUAAGUAGUUUUCUGAUGAUGUACAAUCAGGUCCAGUAGAGUGGAUUACGGUGGUGGGGAUUACUGAAUGAUUGAAUGAAUGAUUGACCUCAUUGUUCUUAAUUUAUUUACCUGUAUAAAUAAAGGUGAAAUAAUAAACAAAUAACAAAUUGGCUCCAA